UCAGUCAGCCAGCAUCAGCGGCGGCAACGUCUGAUUGAUAAGAUUUUACCCUCGCUAAAUCUGAUCAUUAUUGCUUAUGUUAUUACUAUAACCCAGGGACGUGGAGAAUGGACAGCUGGAAUUUGCGAUAUGAGGAGUGUGACGUAACUGGCGAUAUGGGACAAGAAGAGAGUAGACUAAUGUCAGAUGACCCUUUCCUGCAACCAGUUUACGUCUGCUAAUAUUACUACUACAGUAACAUAACAGACUUUAUCGUUUGUUGGAAAUCAACCCUGAAGAGGAAGGUGACAUUGGAAUCGUCAUGGAGUCACUAGAAACUACUGCAGAGGCCAAAUGCUCUAAAGAGGCUCUGGAAAUGACAGUUCCCCAGAGGAAGUCAGCAGCACCAGAACCUACGACUGCCCAAACUAAAAUAACCCCCUCGGCUGAUUCGGAGGGGGAGGGGUGGCAUCAAGGCCCAGAACCUGAGGAGGACCAGAGUAGAACCACAUGUUGUCCAACAGAUAAGUCUGACUCAGGGAAGCUAAGACAAUUAGAAGGGAAACCACUGCGCCAAUUACUGGAUCAACCCUGCAGUCAUCCUCAUUACAAUGUAUUAACCUCAUACCCACCACAGGAGAGACAGACAGUUCCCUUUGCUAGACAGAAAACGGCAGAUCACUUGGUUUCUGCACUGCCACUUCCACAUGUCAGCUGUGGAGGGUCCUCUCCUCAGAGGAGCUCCCCCAGUUUACCCGCUUCUCUCCAACACUGUUCCCAGUUAGGGACAGAGGAGCUAUCCAAGGACGUGUGUAGUAAGAUGGAACAGAAACAGCAGCAGAGGCCUGGGAAGUAUGUUUGUGAUUAUUGUGGGAGGGCAUGUGCCAAACCCAGCGUACUUACGAAGCAUAUCCGCUCACAUACUGGGGAGCGACCCUACCCCUGCGUGCCCUGCGGUUUCUCCUUCAAAACAAAGAGCAAUUUAUACAAACACAGAAAAUCUCAUGCUCAUUCCGUCAAAGCUGGGACAGUGCCAUUUUCAGAACUGGGUUCUUACAAUGCCAACAUGGAGGACCAGAGAUCUUUAGAGGGAGAAGGAGAGUUAUACUCUGACGCUGAGCAGAGCUCGGACACAGACGAGGAUGAUUCAUCGCUCUUGGACUCUGUUUCAGCGGAGGAACCAGAUAGCACCACUGCUGUUAAAGUACCGAAUCUCAUUGCCCAGAGACAGGGAGUUACAUUAGCAUCAACAUUAUCUGAGGAUGGUUCAUCCAGGCUCUCGGAAAUCAAUGCUGCUCAACCUCCAGCUGUUUCUCAGGUCAGUCGUGCGAUCCAAUCUAACGCCAUCAAGCAGAGGCUGGCACUACGGCUCUCAGAGAAAAGGAGCAGUGACACUGACACGUCUCUCUCCCUGCCUAGCCACGGAAGCAAAUGUAGCACAGACUCAGGCUACUUCUCAUGCUCUGAGAGCAUUGAACACCAAACUGGUGGUCCUCCCAACACAAAUGCCAAGUCCUAUCAAGAGAUAAUGUUUGGGAAGUGUUACAAGCCGAACCCGAAACAAAAAGCCAUAACUGUUGUGACUUGCAGGACAGACUUAAUGAACGAUCGUAAGAUUUCGGAGCGUGGUGUUUCCCGUGUAUUCACACAAGAAAAGGAAUCAAUGGUUGAAUCGAUCAGAAUAAACACACAUUCAUUUACAAGGGAGGACAUUAAGGAGGCUCAACUAGAGGUCUCUGAUUCUGGACAGCUGGUCCGGAGCAACUCGAUGCCCACGUCCUCGGUGGUAUGUCAGGACACGUCACAAGGCCUGCGAGGUAGCCACUCCUUUGAUGAAAGGGCGUCCCCUGGAGGCAUUAGGAGACUUACGAGACAGGCUGCCUUUGAACACUCUGCACACGAUGGACCUCCUGACCACUGCGGAAACAUCUCUGAUAUUUCCAACCUUGGAGUGGAGAUGGAAAGUUUCACCAUCCAACAAAAGCAAGCGAUGGAAUUUGCGACGAGAAAACGACGGAAGGAAAAAUGUGUUGUGGAGGAGGAGGAUGUAGGAGGCCAGUAUCACACAGACUAUGACCACUCUGAAGAGAUGAGGGACUAUGAUUCAAAGCAAGCCUCUCAAGGUGCUCUAACCACUAUAUCCUCAGUGAAAGGACAUGCCCAAAGCGUGCAUACACAGGAAAUGUGGGAAAAGAGAGAGAGAGAAGAGAGAAGAUCUUUAGGUAACGUCAUCUCUGUGAUUCAACACACUAACUCCCUAACCAGGUCUCUCUCUGAACAGUCAGACUCUUACAACUACCAGAGACAGGAUAAGCCUUCCUCAAUGGAUGUGGAGGAGCAAACCGAAACUCGAGAGAUGCAUAAAAGGACUGAGAUCUUUGCACACCAGCUGAGUGACAGUAGAUUAUUAGAUAAAUCGUAUCAAAUGACACCUAAGCUAGUCCGUCAGUCCAACAUACCGGUCCCAGAGAUCAGGGUGACUGUAGAACCAGACAGUCCAGAGAAAGAUAAAGCAGCUGAAGUGAAACAGGUGAAGGUGAAGGAACCUGAUAGACAUAUAGAGGAGUUCCAAUGGCCUCAGAGGAGUGAAACCCUGUCUCAGUUCCCCCCAGAGAAACUCCCUCCAAAAAAGAAGAGACUGCGCUUAGCUGACUUGGAGCACUCCUCUGGCGAGUCUAGCUUCGAGUCGGCCUGUACAAGCCUCUCCCGGAGCCCCAGUCAAGACAGCAACUUAUCCUACUGCUCCAGCUUCUCGUUUGACCGAGAGGAGAGAGAGAGAGAGGUUAUCCCCAAGCCAGCUUCCCCGGCGGCUAGACAGGAUGAGUUUGGCAAAGCGUUGGAGUUCUUAGCGGUGCCAGGAAGCGGCCACUCCCUCUCUGUCCUGAACCAGCGUCAACAACAUGAAAUGAGACGUUCCUCUUCAGAACAGGCACCGUGCCACUCCCAGUGCAGAGAGCUCCCAGAGGUCCGCAGCGUAUCGUUUGACUACGGCAGUCUCUCUCCAACGGCCAAAGUUAGACAUGCGGAACUCAGCGCCAGCUACUCAGAGCCCAGACGGGGUAACUUGGUAAGACAGGAGUCCUUGAAUGUUGACCUUGAAUUUGCACAUCCAGUCCUUCCGCUAAAUAUUCUUCCUCAGUACCUCAGCAAUGCCCUGUCGUUCUCAGCCACUGCUCUGCUCUCUCAUUCUCUGCCAAUGUUCGCCCCUCAGCCGUCACACUCUGGUCUCCUAGUUCCUGUUAGAAUCCAGACUCACGUACCCUCCUACGGUAGCAUCACAUAUACCACUGUGUCGCAAAUUGUAGAUGAUCCAUACAAAAGCGUUAGCUCCACCAGAACCUCUUCUCUCACUUCUCACUUUGCAAAUGUAGCAACGAAUUUGGAUACACCUAAUCUAUUAUUAGGACACCCCCGAGGACUGUUGACCAACCCAGUCCAGGUUCAAGUUCUAGAUCUGCCCCCAGCUAAGCUUAAGACAGGCAUCCCUCUCUCCCUGACCUCCAGGACGAUCUCCACCACUAACUGUGGGUCCAGUGGUGGGUCCAACAAGCGCAUGUUGUCUCCAGCCAGCAGCUCGGACCUGUUCAUGGAGGUCAAACAGCAGAAACGGGUCAAAGAGGAGAAAAUGUACGGUGAGAUAGUGGAGGAGUUGGGUGCUGUGGAGUUAGGGAAUUAUAAUGUGACUGAAGAGAACAAGCAGAGUUUAAAGUCAGAGUUUAAAAGUGACACCAACCAGCUAGCAUCAGCUGGCUUUCCUUCAAAAUCCUCUUUGUCGGCGUCAUCCUCACUUCCUUCUCACAACGAGCCAGCAAGUGGAAGCUUCAUCUCACCUCAGCAACAAUGGUCAGAAAGUCCUGAUUCCCCUAUGGAUAACUCCCCAACGGAAGCAAGCCUACAUCCACACGCUCUGCUUUCUCUAAAGGAUUUCAGUGAGUCUGGCAUGGACAGCAAGGCACAGAUGGAUGUGCUGGUGCAGUUAGUCAAAGGUCAGGGCAUCCUCAUCUCUGACAGGGAAAACACCAAACUGAUAUCUCCGUUUCCAAGUCUACGCACAGUGACAGGUGUGAGUUGGUGCUAUCUGAACUACACCAAGCCAAACAGCACUCACAGCAGCUCUCCCCUGUCCUCUGUGUACGCUUCGUGGUACGUCAGUUCCCAUAACCCCAACCCUCCUAACCUCAACACCAGUGCCACCCUGGCUCUGCUCCGCUCCAAACAGACGACUAACAGAUGGGUGUACACCAUGGCUGCCAUGGACCAACCUGGGACUGGGAAGCUGGUCUCCUCCUCACUCUUAUGGAGGAAGCGGCUCGGGCUGCUGCAGAGCAAACCGGUGCUCAAAGAGCUGGACGUGAUCUCCUAUGGAAGGAAACUGAAGGAUGCCAGCUGCAGGGUAAAAGCAGGGAAGGAGGACUGGAAAGACAGGGAGGUGUCCUCGAAACAAACAGCAGUGCCAACACCGACACCAACACCAACCCGGAUCAAAAUCUUUGAAGGAGGGUUCAAGUCCAAUGAGGACUAUGUGUACGUGAGGGGCCGAGGCCGGGGGAAGUAUAUCUGUGAGGAGUGUGGCAUCCGCUGUAAGAAACCUAGUAUGCUGAAAAAACAUAUACGCACCCACACUGACGUCAGACCCUACGUCUGCAGGGUCUGCAACUUCGCUUUCAAAACUAAAGGAAACCUGACCAAGCAUAUGAAGUCAAAGGCUCACAUGAAGAAGUGUCUUGAGCUUGGGGUGUCAGUCACAGUGGAUGAUACAGAGACACUGGAAUCUGAUGACAUCCAGCAAGACUCGAAGACCGGGGUCUUGAGCACAGCCAAACACCAGUUCUCAGAUGCAGACGACUCUGAUGGCAUGGAUGAAGAGAUCGACGAUAUCGACGAAGAUGACGAUGACGAUGAUGACUACGACGGUGACUCUACUCCCAAGAUCCUUUCCCGGAGCACCAGCCCUCAGCUCUGCGGCGGAGCCUCUCUGUCGGUCACAGCUACCGCCGUCAUCCAGGGUGUGUCGUCAGACCUCCAUGGCUGUCCCCUCAGUACCGUCAUCCAGGGUGUGUCGUCAGACCUUCAUGGCUGUCCCCUCAGUACCGUCAUCCAGGGUGUGUCGUCAGACCUCCAUGGCUGUCCCCUCAGUACCGUCAUCCAGGGUGUGUCGUCAGACCUCCAUGGCUGUCCCCUCAGUACCAUCAUCCAGGGUGUGUCGUCAGACCUUCAUGGCUGUCCCCUCAGUACCGUCAUCCAGGGUGUGUCGUCAGACCUUCAUGGCUGUCCCCUCAGUACCGUCAUCCAGGGUGUGUCGUCAGACCUCCAUGGCUGUCCCCUCAGUCCCUUUCAUCCCCUCCCCAGCUGCCUCUCAACCUACACCCUGUCUGGCAUCGAUGUCCACUCCCAUCCCACCUCCACCCUGCCUAGCAUCGAUGUCCACCCCCAUCCCCAUCCCCCCUCCAUGGGCAGGAGGACAGGGCCAGACCGGAGGACUGUCUUGGCCUCCAGCUUGGACAAGGAGGACUGUUGCCUGGCCAUGCUGUCUCCUGACCAGGGCUGUCUGUUCUUCGACCCCUACCCCACCUGUCUGCUGUCCCCCGGCUGGGAGUCCCCUCUGAGGGAACCGCCUCCCUCCCGCCUCCGCUACCCCUCACCCCGGAGAGACCACUCCCCACGGGGGCGCUCCUCACCUCGAUGGGACACCUCCCCGCUGAGGCCCAGCUCCCCCAACCUCACCCCCAUCCAGCACCUCUCCCCGGCCUGUAUGGAGAGGCCCCCGUCCCCAGGUGGAGUGGACCUGGCUGGGAGGAGACAGAGGGUGGUGCUCAGGGCUGUGUCUCCACGUAGAGGAGGCUCACAACAUAGAGACUCUGGGGAUAAAACCAGGCAGCAAGCCAAGGCUGAACUGGUCCAGCAGGGAGGAGCCAUUGAAAUGGAUAUGGAUCAGAGGAGAAGUGUGCCUCCUGGUUCCUCCUGCUUCAGCUGUCCCCAUCAGAACCUCUUCAGCCACCUUCCCCUACACUCUCAGCAGCAGGCUGGGACUCUCCUCCCCAUGGUCCCUAUCGGAGGGAUCCAGGUACUGCACUCCCUGCCCUCCUGCAGCUCUGACCGGACCCAUCUGUCAGCCCUGUCCCCUCAGAAGACUGAGCUCCACCAGGACAGCACUAAGGGGGGAUCUGUCCGCCUGGCGGCCCUAGGUGCAGAGGACUCAGGAGCCCAGCAGCAGGGGAGGGGGAUGGAGAGGGAGAGGAACCCUAAGCAGGAAGAGGUUCUUCAGACCUGCACCAAGGCCAUCGCCUCCCUCAGGAUCACCUCUGAAGAGCAUCUAUAG